CUUGAGGCGCAGAGCUUCGAAAAGUUUCAGGCGUCAACUUGAACACCACAACAGCGGCCACGAAUCUCGUCACUCAACCUCAGCACCACGCCAUAGACACAAAACUUCCCUUGUACCUUCAAACUACAGCCUCCAUUAUGCAGAUGCCAGAUAUGCCCAUUAAUGUCGAAGUUGACCCCAACGAAGACACAGAAUGGAACGACAUCCUUCGCAGCAAAGGCAUCAUUCCAGAGAAGCCGCCGUCGCCUACGCCUAUGAUUGAAGAGGCGCUCACAGAAGCACGCCGACUCGCACAUGAGAACCGACUUGAGGGGAAGGAGCUAGAUGAGCUAGCAGAGCUAGAAGACGAAGAGGACGAGGACUUUCUAGAGAGCUAUCGCCAAAAGCGCAUGAACGAACUAUCCUCCAUCUCCACCGCCUCAAUAUACAACCAAGUAUACCACCUGCAAAAACCCGAUUACUCGCGCGACGUGACCGAAGCGAGUCAGAAAUCUCACAUCUUUGUGCUCCUCACCUCGUCCACGGGGACAAACACGGAAUCCCGCGUCGCAAUGGAGUCGUGGACCCUCUUGGCACAAAGGUUUGGAGAUGUCAAGUUCUGCCAGAUGCGCGCGGAUCUGUGUAUUGAAGGGUACCCAGACCGGAAUACGCCGACGGUGCUCGUGUACAAAGAUGGCGAUAUUAAGAGGCAGAUUGUCACAUUGCGCGAGCUCAAUGGGUCAAGGACAAAGGUUGAGGAUUGGGAGAAGGUGUUGGUGGAUUUGGGCGCGGUGAAGAUUGGGGACUCGAGAUUGAGUAAGAGACCGGGGCAGGAGGAGGAGGGUGAGAAGACGACGGGGAUACGGCAGGGGAAGGCUAUGGCGCAGACGAAUGGCGAUGACAGCGAUUGGGAUUGAGGGUGCGCGGCAUGAUUAAGGAAUUACGAAACACUGAUUGCAGAGACAUCGAGUACAGCUAUCCAGCUAGUGUGGGAGACUAUGUUAGGUCCAUCACAAGCGCUGGCAACCUGUGGGCCGCUGCACUCAUUGCAUAGGAGAGCAGAAUCAAAGUCAAUCGCCGGCACAAAGCAGGCACGAUCAAC